UUUAUUGACGUUAUCGCCGUUGGCUGUCUCGAGCUAGCAGCUUUUUUUUUAGCUUUUUUUCGUUGAAUUUAAUGAAUUUACAAAUGUUCUGCGUUUUUUGUGAAACCACAAACUGUUUUUUGUAAUCGAAUUUGAGUGAAAGGGGCUGCCAAUUCUUGUUUGUGUUUUUUUUUUUUUUUGUUGUCGUUAUUUUGUCGUAUCGUGCUUCUAUUUGAGCCAGCUGUCGCUUGCUAGCUUGUUGUUAGCUGCAGACAAGUGUGAAACAGAACUACAAUUUAAUACAAAUCUUCAUUUAUUGAAAUUAUGUUGUGGAUAAAUUUUGAGUAUAUAUUAAAACCGCAGUUAAGUAAAACAUCUUUUUAUUAAAGCCAGACGAAUGAUUUGUGUUUGACUCUUUGUGUCUGACAGUAUAUUCAAAGUUGCUAUAGUCAUUCAAUCAUUCAUUGUCUCAGGAGAGUACGUUCUUCUGAAAUCAGAAAACAUGGACAAUAAGUCAUUCGACAUCGUGCUGGACGAGAUAAGAAAGUGCGUCCUGACCGAUCAGAGGGUCAGAGCUAUUGAGCAGGUGCAUGGAUAUUUCUCUAGUAAGCAGGUGAUGGACAUUUUGAAGUACUUUUCAUGGGCAGAACCUCAGAUCAAAGCUGUGAAAGCUCUGCAGCAUAAAAUGGUUGCAAUCCGUACCACUGAAGUUGCAAAUAUAUUGAAUUGCUUCACCUUUACGAAAGACCGACUCGUGGUCUUGGAACUCAUAGCUUUGAAUAUUUCAGAUGCUCAGAAUUAUCAUCCUGUAGAGGAUAUGUUUCGGACACAUUUGUCUGAAAAGAAGCGUGCUCGUAGGAUACUGGAGCAAGUAUGCAAGGUUGGCUGCAAGGCUCCGGUAGCCAUGAUCUCCUCCUGUGGAAUGAUACCAGGAAAUCCAUAUCCUAAAGGCAGACCCAGUUUGGUAACUGGAACUUUCCCUGGAAUCCCUCCAGCUAAAAAAGAAGGGGAGAAGAAAGAAGACUCUAACAGUCUGGAGGGAAAAGGAAUUGCUUCACGCAUCAUAGGACAAUUUAAACCUUUUCCUUCAACCUACAACCCUCAUCGGCCUGUCCCUUACCCCAUCCCACCGUGCCGACCCCAUGCUACCAUCGCUCCAAGUGCGUACAACAACGCAGGCCUUGUUUCUAUGGGAGGGGUAAUAACAGCCAACGUGCCCCCUCCCCCGUACACCUCUGCCCACAAAGUAGCAGGUUACAGACCAGGCAAUCCACAGAACACAACACCUGGCGUCAACAGCGGACCUUUUCCUAUUCCCCACGGGUCCACUCCGUCCACCCCUGUCCCACCCCAGUCUCCCGCUCAGCCGCUUCCUACAACUCCCAUCACACCCGUUUUCCCCGGCAUGGUGCCCUCCCACAACCCCAAUGCUCCUUCUCCAUCCCCAGCCCCUUCUCCCUCUGUGAUUAAAGCAGGACCCCAAACCCCCAGUGGCCACACCACACCUACACCCUCAGUCAUUAAAGCCCACACCCCCUCAGGCACCCCCUGUGGAACCCCCGUCUCCAGCAGUGGGAGGUAUUCCUCCUCCCCUUUCCACAGCCUCUCUGGAACAGACACCCCUUCCCGGAGUGGUCAAGACUUUGCGCCGCAGCCAAACUCCAUUGGUUCAACACAGCAGAGGAAUUAUUCUCAGUCUGCAGACCACCAGUCAGGAUCCACCUUUUCUGGCACACAGCCACAAGCAGGUAACCCCUCUGGGUCUGUGAUCCGAAGUUACACCCCCUCCAGACAAUCCCCUCUCACUCCUGGGUCCUCCACUUCAGCAAUUCCAAACUGUUCCACUCCAGGCCUCAGCCCCAAACCCUCCCCCCUUCAACAGGCUCAGGCUGUCGUUGCUGGAGCCCUGAACAGACACUCAGGGGGAAGUAACAGUGGAAGCAGCAGCCCCAUACCCUCGGCCUUUAAGGGCACGUCACGUUCUGUUACUCCAUCUGUUGGCUCCCUGGUGGCAUCAGGCUCUGCCCAGGCUGCUCUUGUGCGCUCCUUGGGUCUGUCACACCCCUCUGUCUCACCUAAGGUUUCUCUCCCGAGCCCUGUUGCCAUAGCGGGCCUCCAUGCUCUUUCUUCCAGCCCAGCACCAUCGCAUUAUCCCGGCUUGUCUCCUUUCCCAGCCCUGUCUUCCUCUCUCCCUGCAACUUCCCCAUCAGCCGUGCCCACAGCAGCUCCUUCAUCCAACAUUUCCAACCACCCCGCAACCUCCAUGUACCCAGGCCUGGCAGCAAAUGCUGCUCCCAGUUCAGCUUCCGCUUUUGGUUUAGGCCUCAGCUCUGCACCUGUAUUCCCAGGAAUCCCCCCUGGUCCUAACCCCACCUCUUUUGCUGGACUGGGUGUGUCAGGGGGGCACGGUGCUGGAAGCCCCGUGUUGUCUUCCCUGAUGGGAUUGGCAGGAGCAGCUCAGUCUUCAGUGGCAUCAGUCACCCCUCUGCAGGCAGCUGCAGCUGCAGCUGGAGUUCCAGCAUCCUCCCCGGUGUUGCCAGGUUUCGCCUCCGCCUUCAGCUCCAACUUCCAGCCGGGGUUGGGCAGCGGCCUCCAGCCUCCAGGAAGUAGUGGUUUUCCUGGUCUGCUGUCUUUCCCUGCAGUAGCAGGCUUUUCUCCCUCUGCUUCUCCUGCUGCACUUGGUGGCCUCCACAACCCAACCAUGCAAUCGGCUCUGCUGCAGGCUCACCCUACAUCUGCUUUGGAAAGCUUUCCUGCUCAAGCCAACAGUUUUACCAACUAUCCUUCAGGUCCAGGAAACCCUUUUCCACUCCAACCAGGACUGCACCCCCAGCUGGGUUGGCAGUGAAGCCUGUUCUUUUGUAAACAGACUCCGCCCUACCCCACAGAAACAGCACAGUAUUGGCCUUGAACUCUGAAGAAAACUGAAUAACAGCUUCAUUGCGAUUUGUGUUUUACGGCAAGACUUAAUACAACGAACACUACCCUUAAGUGUGGGUGGAGGUGAAGGCUGGGGUGUAUAAUAUUUGUAGAAAAUAAUGUGACUUUAGGUUUUUGAAAAUAUUCGUUUUGCUAGUUUUCGCUAGCCUUACCUCCCUGUUUUUAGAAAUGAACUCUAUUAAAAAAAACUAAUGAAAUGUUUGAAUCCUGAACUGUAUCACAGCAUUCUGGUUCACAAAAGAGGAAAAAGUGAAUUGCUCUGUAUUUAUUACUUUACUGUGACAUUUCUCUGACUUACAGUUUUACUGUAUACAGUUAAUUUUUUAGCUGUUUCCUUGGAUUUACAUUUUGCAUGUUGACAAAAUGAACAAAAAUGACAUGCAGGCUCUGUUAUAGCAGUAUUUGAAACGCCCUUUGUGAAUAUUUGAUAUUCUAAAAACUAUGAGCUUGAAAAACAAAGUAGUUCAUUUUCAGGUUUGUAGCAGCUUAGAAUUAUCCAUUAGUUAUAUCAGGGAUGGUAUAUUGACAGUGACCUGAUGGUGACUAGGCCUUCAUGUUUUUUUAUCUGAUUUCAUUUUACUUGUUUUUAUAUUUUUCCAGUAACCAGCUGGUUGUAAUAGAUAUAACUGUAUUUGUAGUCUGUGAUGCCUUGGCUGUCACCUAAAUAAAAUGACUGAAACUAUA